AUGCUAACCCUACUAAAUAAAGAAGCCCCCGAUAUGGUACUCAUCUCAGAAACAAAACUAAACAAAAGACACAAGGUACACUUCAAAAACUACACCAUGAUAAGACACGACAGACCGAACGCCAGUCAAGGAGGAGGAACAGCGAUCCUCAUAAAAAACCCCAUAAAAUACAAAACGAUCCUAAUUGACAAAAUAACAAGUUUCAGAACCUUAGAAACAACGAUCAUAAAAAUAAAAAUAAGCAAUAAGGAUAAUUUAUUCAUCACUGCAGCCUACGCAACCUACGGAGGCCAGAAAGAAUUUAACUACGAAUUCAAUAAUCUUUUCGAACUCUUGCAGCUCAACAAACCGGAAAACUACUAUAUAAUAGCAGGAGACCUUAACGCAAAACAUACAAGCUGGAAAAAUGAAAUAAACAACACGAGAGGCAACUUCAUUAGAAACUGGCUAGACAAUAAAAGCAUCCACUACAAAACAAACUUAUACAGCUCCGAGCUACCCUCUUACCCAAAAGGAGGCUCAUACCUGGACAUAUGCCUAGCAGAUGCGCGACUAAAAUUCCAAAACCUGCGUCCAAACAAUACACUAAAAACCUUAGCCUAUGACAGUGACCAUAACGCCCUAGUAUUUCAAAUUAACAAAAGCACAUCUGACUUCCUAACACUCGAAACCCAGACCGAGACACCCAGGUACAACUACAAAAAGACAGACUGGAAAAAGUUCCAAAACACACUCGAACAAAACUGCGACCUAAAGAUCUACAACAACGUCAACCUAACAAACAGACAAAUCGACUCGUUCUUAGACGAAAUAGAAAAACACACACAAAUCGCACUCCAAAAAUCCGUGCCAAUCAUAAAACAAAAAAACUCAUGCGAGCCCUAUAUAAACAAUGAAAUAAAAGAUCUACAGCGAGAUAAAAGCUACAUACUGUCCAAAAUAAACAAUAUAAAACUCAACUAUUCCUACGACAAAAGAGAAGAAUUAGAAUUCCUAAAGUUCCUACUACACAGAAUAAAAGCGAAACUGAAACAAGAAUUCGCAAUUUCUAUAAACCAUUACUGGACAAACAAAAUAAAAAACAUCUCCAAGAACGACUCAGCCAACAUGUUCCCACAAAUAAAUCAAAUCUUUAGACCAAAAGAACAAAACCCCAUCCCACCUCUCAAACUGCCACCAGAAAAUUCCUCCCUCAUCCAAGAAGCAGGUAUAACGAUACACAACACCAUCAAAGACACCGAUGGUCUCAUAUACAAAUUGAUCAAGAAAAAUUUUCCUAAAUACCUGAUUAAAAUAGUCUGGGACAUGAUCACAAGCAGAACAUUCGUAAUGACUGAAGGUUCACACUCAUCAAGCAAAGAAUUCUCCAUAAAAAACGGUCUACAACAAGGUACAUUUCCAUGCGUGGUAAUAGUCUUCUGCACAAAAAAUGACAUAAUCCCAGAGAAUCGAUUCGGCUUCCGACACAAACACUCCACAAUUCGCGCAAUAAACAAACUUACGUCGGACAUCUUCUGGGCUCUAAACGCAAAACAACGAAUAGCCUCCUGCCUUGAAAAAGCAUUCGAUAUAGUAAGAAUUUUAGGCCUUAUAUACAAAGUAUGUUCUUCUUUGGGCAAUAAACGUUAUGAUUAA